CUUGGUUGUGACAGUAAUGUCAUGACUGCUCACUCUCUCGACGCCGAGUCGAAAUCCGCGCUUGCGUCGAGCCUAACGCGACUCACGCUCGCUGCUCGCCAGAAGCUGCACCGCACGCACGCGAGCCCCGACCGUCCAGCGCAACAGCAAGACAAUGCUGACGACGAUGAUGAUGAUGAUUCCGGUGCGUGCGGCCGCGCAGCCAUCGAGCACGACGACGUGUUCAGUCGGAUCAACGACGACACGCGCUACGAGAAGCUCCUCGAUUGGCUCUGCUGCUGGUUCUUUCCCAGCCAGCCACGACCGGCGGAGGAGGUGGACAUUCUCGCAGACCCAUCUGCCAGACCAGACGAACUGCCGUCGAGCAACCAGGGCGCUGUAUCGCGAGCCGUGCUGAUCGAGCUGGGCGGCCUCGAAUUUCUGAGCGCGGCGCUGCUCAGUCCGAACGACGAAAAACUGGUCAAUGUUGUGGUGCGAGCGAUCGGGUACUUGUUGCAAUGUCCUGAUACCUGGCGUAUGCUGGAAAGUGGGCUUGCCGGUUGCGUAGAUCAAGCAAGCCACUUGUUGCAACUGGUGGUCGCUUUGCUGUGUGAUCCGCACUCGUCAGAUCCGGUCGCUCACGCUGCUGUGGAUGCCAUCUCUCGUAUUCUGUCUCAUGCGGAAGGCGUGGCUGCCAUCAGCGCCUGCUGGGGCGACGUUUGCGCACAGCUCGUCAAGACGUUGGUCAGGCCAGACUCGAGUGAAUUUGUUAUUGUCGAUAUCUACAACCUUGUCGCAUGUGCCACAUUGGCAUCAACGCCCUCAAGUAUCUUAGCCAGUGGACUAUUCUGUGUCGGUGUUCCAGACUCGAUAAGACCGCUGAUUGUCCUGCGCCAAAGCGUCGCAGUACUCGCUCUCUUUCAUCUCAGCCCCAAUGCCGACCUUGUUUUGGCUGUGCCUGAUGCAGGGCUAAAGUAUCAAUCUGCAAUACCGUCUCCUGCAUGCCCAAUCCACCCUGUCGAGGCGCUCGGUGCAUACCUGCACAAGCAUGCCGUUCUCCCACUCGCUCUGGCCCUUGUUCAUGAGGAAGGCCAUGCUCUUGCAUCUAUUUCGUUUGAUGUGCUUGAAUCCUGGCUGCGUUGUGCAUGUCGAGCACCAUCCGAUGGUUUGUGGGCGAGUUUCUUUGUCAAUCAGGACGAGCCCUGCGCACCCUUGCUCGUCGCCACUCAAACACGCGUGUUCAACGCCCUCUCCUUGCCCAUUCGACAAAGGGUAAAUGUUCAGCAGUCCCACCCGACGAGAUUGCAGCUUCGCAUCCUCGGUCAACUUUGCACCCUGUUCUUGCUGCUUCCGCGACCACAGUUUGCUGGUGUGAUUGCGGCGACCAAGCAAUCAGUGCAACAGCUACUGUUGGCUAUUUUGGACCAGCUCACACAGGCCAUGGAUGACCGCAUGUCACCAGAAUCCGUCUACUCUGCUUUGCACGCUUGUCACGCAUUUGCCCAAUCUGCCGAUUUGUCCAGCGAUGAUGCGCUCCUCUUCGCCCUGCGCGCUGGGGCAUGGAUUGAGCAGUCAACAAUGAGGCUGCCGCGACGCUGCGUGCUUGCGGCGCUGGACGUCCUAUCCGUCACUCUGCGUCAAGAAACAUUGACGGCUCAAGGGGCCGCCGUUGCCCCCUGCUUGAAUGUCUUGAGCACCCUCGCCACCCAAGCGUUUGAUCCGACAAUCCAGGCGCGUGCCAUGCUGCUCUCAAUUCGGAUUGGGUGCGCCAUGAACAAUCUCGAUGCUGCAGCUGCGCUACUGGAAGGCCAGCUCAACAAUUUCACGACCGACCAGUGGGAAACGCACGAUAGCAUUGUUCAACUCGUGACCCUCCUUCUUUGGUUUAUCCUUCAGCAUUCUGAAUCAGCCGAGUCGAGUUCAGCUCGUGAUUACAUGACCAACAAGCUCGCUGUUUCCUGGAAAGAGCUCGAGGCUGAUCUGCAGCCGACCCCUGCGGCUUUGGCUCAGUACCGAAGCCUGGUAUCGCGACUCUACCAGGGUAGCUUUCUUCCUCGCAUAUUAUCACGGCAACUCGUCCGCCAGCCAACCAACACCUACCUUCGUGCCUCCGUCGGCGCUUUUCUCUGCUGCCUUCUCCCAAGCACCUGGCUGUGGCAAGGAGCGUCCCUCCUGUCGGCACUGCACCCCGAUACAGCGCAAGCGAGCUUGACUGAAAGUCUUCUUCCGCUCUGCAUCCAGCUCCUCUCUGACGAUGAGGCGUUUCCACGCCGGGCUGGAGCCACUUGCGUCGCUGCCUGGGUUGCAUCCGUGCCUGUCGUGCAGCAACAUCUUGCGCAGCAGUUGUAUCGAUCGGUACUGGGCGAAAGUGUAUGCACGACCAGCAAUGGGCAUCCUUGCUCGACAACCUUGGGCGCAAUGCUCCUCGAGUGCUUGGACCUCAUGCAUCGGGAUCUCGAUUGGGAGGUCCGUCGAUCGUACAUUGACGCAAUCGUCCAUCUGUCGCAGGGCAGCUCGCAAGAGUGCAGAAAUUUGGCGUCGAGUCAAACGAGCAUUGCCGUGGAUGGCUUGCAGCGCUUAGUCACGACGGAUGAGGAUCCAGUUGUUCGCCGACACGCAGCCUUUGCCCUCGAACAAAUUCUAACCAGCAGUGGCACGCUGCAUGUUGAUUCCCUCCAGCACCUCCGUGAGACGAUUGUGGACGCGUUGCGCGACACAGCUCAUGACAACAGCGUCCGCGCGCUUAGUGACGUUCGCAUUGACGCGCUCGAAGAAUUGUUCGGUGUUGGCACGCUUGCUCGAGCCGACAAUGUUGAUUGCUACUAACAUCGAGCAACCAAAGCGGGAAGUACUCGACAAGUUUGACUGAAACGGUUGAAGCGUGAUUCGCGAUGAAAUUUUUGGAUGAUGGAAAAAUCAUGUCUGCAUCAUGGACUGAACGAACUAGUGGACUUGAAUCUACGAGUUCUGCCGAAACUCCUCGCUUCUCGGUGGUCGCGCCCCACAAUAAACUGAUCUGGUCGACAAAGUCAACGUCGCUCAGAUUUGAGCACAUUCGAG